UAGGCAACCAGAUAUUUCCUGUGCUCUGAGAAUGGAAGCGAGUUUUGCUCGAUUUAUCUGACUCUCCUCUGCUUUUCUGCUGAGGUUAGCAGUUAUGUCAACCUCAGCAACCAGGAUCCAACGUCACAUGCGAGCAGAGUUUCCUGUAUAGGUACUGGAGUUUCUGAACAGUCAUGUAUCUAGUCAAUUGCCCCAGCACAAGCAAACCAGCCAAACAGGACAACCAAAAAUCACUGUAUGUCUAGAUUUUGAGGAGCAGCGGUCAGCAAGUGUACACCAAUUGUUUUGGCUGUCACAAUGUUGCAGGAAGGAAAUUCAACCAACAAUGAGUCCUGUCAGAUUCAUGAUGGCUUUCUGUGGCCCGUCUUGCCCAUUGGCUACAUUCUCAUCUGUUGCAUUGGUCUGCUCUGUAACACCGUCACCCUCUACAUAUUUUUCCUUCGGCGGCAUGCAGACUCUUCCAUGGCUGUGUACAUGCGACACCUUGCCCUGGCGGACACACUCCUGGUCAUGUGUUUGCCCCUGCGAGUGUACUACCACAACAAAGAAGGUCCCUUCUACUUGUGCAAGGUGGUGGGCAUCUUCUUCUACAUCAACAUGUAUUCCAGCAUCCUGUUCCUCAGCCUCAUCAGUCUAGAUCGCUAUUUGAAAAUCAUCAAGCCUGUUUGGGUCUUUCGAAUCCAAAAGACAAAGUGGAGCCACACGGCAAGCUACAUCAUCUGGGCGAUCCUCAUUUCUGGAAUGAUUCCCUUUUUUUCAAGCAACAGUCAACGAAAUCCCUGUGACAAGGUCUGCUUCCACUUCCACAGCAAGGGACCUGUCGGUGGGACCAUAAACCUGACAACAGUGGUUCUCUUCCUUGUUUUUUAUGUAGCCUUUCUUUGUUUUUAUGUGAAGAUCACUAAGAAACUCAAGACUAUGACCAUGGGUAAUGGUGACCCUAAGGCACAGAGUCGCAAAAAGAGGGUCAUCAUCAAGACUUUCUUAGUGCCAGCCAUUUUUACAUUGUGUUUCUUGCCGUACCAUGCAGUACGCAUACCAUACGUUCUGGCUCAGCUGAACGUGAUCGGAGAUCUUCAUAGCCAACAAUUGUUGCACAUCUUAAAUGAGAGUACUUUGCUAUUGUCUGCUCUAAAUAGCUGCCUAGACCCAAUUAUCUAUUACUUCUUAUCCAGUGCAUACAGGAAAACAAUACUGUGUGCCAUUCAGGGCAAGUUUAAAAACAUGUAUGCUUUAAACAGAAGGAGGAUCAGCAUAAACCGCUCACUCACUGAAAUUUAGCAUUAAAGGAUGACUUUUUCAAUUGUGACUUGUCUAGAUGAAUCACUUUUUUUAUUCAACAAAUUGAAAAUAUUUAGUUUUAAAUUAUGUUUACUAUUGGUCACAGCUUGGGUUCACAUGACUUAAUAUAAUAUUCAGAUUCAGAUUCAGAUUCAGAUGGCUUUAUUAGUCCCCAAUGAGGCAAUUCAGUUCUACAGCCAAUAAAUGUAAAAAAUUUAAAAAAUGUUUAUACCUUAUUUGUAUAAACAUGUAAGGCAUAUGUGUGUGUGUAUGACGGUUCUAACAUUGCUUUUCUGUAAAUAAUGAAUAUGUAGCUGCAAUUUCUCUAAAGCAGUGGUUCUCAAAUUAUUUUUCUUUGAUGUAAAUUUUUUGGCGGUGCCCAAAAACUAUAUAUAUAUAUAUA